AUGAAGAAAAGCCCCUUAGAAUGGGAAGAUUACGUUUAUAAAGAAGUGAUGGUGAUAGCCUGUGAGAAGGAGUAUAAAGGAUGGCUUCUAACCACAGACCCAGUCUCUGCCAACAUUGUCCUCGUAAACUUCCUUGAAGAUGGCAGAUUGUCUGUGACUGGAAUCAUGGGCCACUCUGUGCAGACUGUGGAAACCAUAAGUGAAGGGCACCACAGAGUAUGUGAGACGCUGAUGCAUGUGUUUGCAGCUGGAGACUGUAAAGGAUACAGCCCUGAGGAUCUGGAAGAGAAGAGGACCAGCCUCAAGAAAUGGCUGGAGAAGAACCACAUCCCUGUCACCGAGCAGGGGAUGCAAAAAGGACUCUGUGUGGCUGGGGUUCUGACUAUAGAACCACCAUACAGUCCAGAAAACUGCAGCAGCUCCAAUGAGAUCAUUCUGUUUUGA